AGUAAAAUUAGUGGUGAAAAUGGUGUACGAAUCAUCGUACGACAGUGGCCGCAGGCCUUUCAAGCCCGACCUGACACGCGGCUAUUGGGCGGCACCGAGUGAUUUCAUCUACACUUGCAUCAGUUUGGGCUUUCGCAUGGAUGUGGUGUCGAUGGGCUGGUUUCUUUACCAGCGCAUGGGAGGCACAAUUAUUCUCUACAUCCUUUGUAUGUUUCUCUUUGUCGUACCAAUUAUUGUGAUACAGUCAUUUAUGGGUCAAUUCUCCAGCACCGGUUUCAUAUCGACUUUUCGCAUAUCGCCAAUUUUUAAAGGUCUGGGUUAUAUAAGCUUAUUCGUCAAUUUGGCUGUACUAUCCUACUACAGCUUGUUUGCAGCUGUGCCGUUACUUUAUUUAUUUCACUCGUUACGCCCCACUUUACCCUGGAGCUGUGAGGGUAUAGAAAAGUGGUUUCCCAAUAGCACUGAAGCAGAAGUUAAACACUCCUGCAAAAUGCUAGAUGUAGUGGAGAUAAAUGCUAGCAUGAUCGCUAACAAUGAGUCAAAUAAAUAUAUUGGCUAUGAAGUGCCCUCUGUGUUGUUCUUCAACUCGAUUUUUGGUGGUGAUGAUGUGAUGGAGAGUUAUGGGUACAAUAGUCCAUUUCUGUUCUCAUGGGAGUUGCUUGUUUGCACGCUGCUUAGUUGGGCUAUCGUAGCAGGUGUCUUUUAUCGUUUCUACAAUACCGAGCUGAUGAGCAAAUUUUUACGCUACACCAUUUGGACUUCCCUGAUUUUACUAUUGAUAUGCGUCGGACGUUUCAUGUUGUUAUCUAAUGAUUGGAUGUAUAUCUUCAGUUAUUUUAUGGCAAAACCUCUUAAUAUUCUUGAAGGCAUACCCAACACUGUACUUUUUAUAGUAUCGGCAUUCGGUCCUGGCUGGGGAUCUAUUAUUGCCCUAGCCAGCUUUAAUCGCUUCCGGGCAAAUAUUAUGAAUUAUAGUUGGAUUAUUUGUCUGGGACAAAUGGGCAUAUUUAUGGCUUAUGGCAUUAUAACGCAUAUAAUUCAGGGUUACUUUAAAUCUCUUACCAUUCACUACGAGGAUGUAGAUAAUUUAUAUGUGUAUGUGAAUCAUCAUUGGGCACUAUAUUUGUCCAGCGGCAGCGUAAUAGCAACGAUGAGUUGGCCAAACCUAUGGUCAAUAAUCUUCUAUGCAAUGCUGACGUUGACGGCGUUGAUAACAAUGAUAAACUGCUUAUUUUCUAUUUAUCAAAGCAUUUUCGAUGAGUUCGAAAUGCUGCGUUCACGAAGAACCGAAGUUACACUUGGGCUCAUUGGCGUACUAGCAUUUUUAUCCUUAUAUACGUGUUCGAAUCACGGCGUCCUUUUCUUCAGCGCCAUGUCAAUGGAUUCACUCUUCACCCAAACAGCACUCAAUCUGCUACUGUUGUUGGUCGUGCUAUGGGUCUAUGGGCGUGUUCGCUUUCAGCGUGACAUAGAAUUCAUGUUGGGACAACGUUUCGCCACAUGGAAAGUGAAUAUGUUGCGGUUUGUUGCACCGAUUUGUCUUUGCCUUUUACUGUUAGUCGCGAUCAUUGGUUCUUUCUUCGAGCACUCUAUCAGCUCAAUUGUGAUUCUCAUUGCUGCGGUUUUCCUCAUCGUUCUACCUUGGCUCUACGUGCCCGGUUACAUGAUCUACGUACUGCUGCAAACAACGGGUUCGUUUAAAAUGCGCUUGCAACGUUGCAGUCGUCCAAUGGACUGGUAUCCCGUUGAAAUGGAGGAGCGACAACGUUACGAAGGGGCGAUGGGCAAUAUGGAUAUUACGCAUCAAUUAAAUCGAAUUGCAGAUGGAGUCGUGCCAUAAUGAGAUUAUAAUGCGAAAUUUCGUGUAAAAAUAA